GAUUAGUCCUUGGAGAGAACAUGUCUUUUGUCUCCUAAACCUCCUUUAUUAUUCAUCAUCAUUAUCACUAAUCCUAUUAUUAUUCGAUUCACAGCGAAGAAAAAGAAGCAAGAGGGUUCGUUAUAAAGAAAGAAAUAAACCUCAGAUAAGAGCAUAACAGAGAAAAAGAUGUCUUAUCAAGACCAACAUCAUCCCGUCGGUGCUCCUCCUCCUCAAGGGUAUCCUCCUAAGGAAGGAUAUCCUCCGGCUGGAUAUCCACCGCAAGGAUAUCCUCCAGCAGGUUAUCCCCCACCACCGCAAGGAUACGGUCAAGGAUAUCCAGCGCAAGGCUAUCCUCCACCGCAAUAUCCUCAAGGUCCUCCACCACAGUAUCCUUAUCAAGGUCCUCCACCGCCGCAUUAUGGUCAGGCUCCACCUAAGAAGAAGAAAGACAAGGAUUCAGGCUUCAUGGAAGGAUGUUUGGCUAUGCUCUGCUGUUGCUGUCUCUUGGAAGCUUGCUUUUGAUUGAAGGAUGAGCUGAUAUUUGCCGUUGACCGUCUUGAAGAUGCCAUUGUUGUAUUUUGUCAAAAUGUUUAAAAGACGUGUUUGAUCAACAUUUUAGAUCUCUUCUUCUGGUUGGUUAUGUGUGUCCUGUCCACGUUUUGGGUUUGUUUAUCUUCUUUAUUUUUAUUCUUUAUUAUGAAUCCGAAUUUGACUUGAGAGAUCUUUGUCUAUUUUUAUUGAGGGUAAUGUACAUGUACCCAUCUUUUGUAUAUGUAAAAAAUGUGUUGUCACUUUUGUAUAAAAGCCAUUCAUUUUCUUUUCAGUAGAUGAGAAUUAGCAUAA